UUGAGGCUUGAAAAUCCACAACAUUUUCCUUGUGUUUCUUCUGCAUCAUCACUCAACUUCUCGUCAACAUCACUUCUGACGGCUGUGUUGCUCCUGAUAGCCUAGGCAUCGGGUCGCCAGAUCACUGGUGCAGUGCUGCUCACGCAACUCCUCGACCGAGACCGCUCGCUGGAGCUGGACUCUUGGAGGGACAGCCAGCAAUGUCCUCUCACCUCGUCCAAAUCCCUCAAGCAGUCUCCAUUGCCGCUUCCAUAGAUCCAAGCAUUGACCCAGCACUCAAACAACAAGCUAUCGACUACCUUGACAAGGUCAGACAACUCUGUGAAGAGACUUGGCAAGAUUGCCUCUCGCUCUGGCUCCAAGGUGCAGGUGCUGGGCCAUCGACGAGCUCACGAGAUGGGAAGCAAAAGCUCGAUACGGAUCUGCGGAUAUACUGUGAACAAGUCGUAGACAACGUCUUGACGAAGAAAGCCACUGCGUUGUCGCCUGACGAUAAGCGAAGCAUCUACAACGCUCUCGUCGAGUAUAUCAACACAGAAUGGGUCUCGGGCCCAUGCGAAGGAGGACAGAGCUUCUUUCGCAACAAACUCGCUUCGACUCUCGCCUACCUUUUCCUCGAUACGUACCCAGACGUCCUGCCGACCUUUCUACACCCAUUCUUCGACCUUCUCACUCCCUCAUCCAAUCGUCAUCCAGUACACCUUGCCGUCCAUCUCUUGAGUGACAUAGCGCUCGAAAUCCAUGAUCCAACGAUCAAAUCCGCUCGCGAAUUCACUAAAGAACGAUCUCAUAGGGAUGGAUUGGUUCGCGAUGCCAUUCGAACAACCGGCGAUGAGAACAAGGCCGUAGAGGGACUCAUAAACCUUGCCAAAGCGGCUUUAGAAAAGCCUGAAUGGCUAGACAUUGCCGACCAGGCUGUCCGUACACUUGCCACCUGGACCCCCUGGAUCGACCUCUCCGUUUCCCUCACUCCAGAUACUCUAGCAUUCUACCAACGCCUCAUCAAAUCCACUCCAUUGAAAGUCCCGACAGCUACCAUCUUCCGCACCCUUGUCACUCGAGGCAUGCAAGAUACGUCUGAACGCCUGCAAGUCUUUGGCAUCCUCGAUAUCGCCAGCCUUGUAGACGAACUCGAGCCAAAUGCCAAAGAGGACGACUUUCGCGCAGCUCUUGGAACUCUAAUCGGCUCUUAUGCGACUGAACUCAUCAACAUGUCCGCCGAUUCAGCAAAGAUUGAACCUCUUCUCGCUAAAACUAUUCCAAUCAUUCUACGAUUCAUGUCCGACCCCUCGCCCGAAGUGUUCCUCUCAGUUUCUCAAUGUAUGACGGAGCUUCUCCGAAGGUUCAAAUCCAUGUAUGUGGUGAAACCUCCUCCGCGUGGUCAGAUGCCGCCACCUCCCAAACCCCUCUCCCCCGAAACUCGCUCGCUCAUGUCGACUAUACUCGACACUUCCCUUCGCAAGCUGGCUUGGCCCACCGAUUCUGACUGGGAAGCCCCGACCGCCGACGAGCCCGAUCCAGAUGACGACCUCGCUCAGAUCCGCUUGGUCCGCACUACUUGCCGCUCGUUCAUCGAGUCUGUCGCUCAAAUUGACAAGGAUCUCCACACAGACAUCGUUGCGCGUAUCGUUCUCUCCACUUUCGACGCUUUGGCUCGGUCGGAAACUGUCCCGUGGCAACAAGCCGAGCUGGCACUGCAUCUCGUCUACACUUUUGGUGAACUGAACAAGGCCAACAGCCGUGCAGCAUUCUAUAAUCUUCCAGCAGAUUUACUCAGCAAAGCUGGUCGUGAUCGUGCUCACCGCCUGAGUAUCAACAAAUCACUAGGCGAGAGUUCGGGUCGAUCGACACCCUCGGACGACGGCAUGAUCGAUGGCAUCUAUUACGGUGGCAAGGAGAGGAUCGAUUACACCGUGUAUCCCCUUACACCUCUCGGUCAGCUGCUCCUCCGAUGUAUGGAAUCAGGCAUCAUCAACUAUCCUCAUCCUGGCGUCAUGCUGCAAUACUUUGAAUGUACAUUGCGAUACGUUGAAUUUUGGAAGACGAGACCCGGUGCGGUACAGCCAGUCAUUGAGGCUAUGACCCGAGGCAUUCAUCAUGUUGAUUUGGACGUCCGACGGAGGUGCUUCUACCUCUUCGCCAGAUUUAUCGCGUCGAGUCGUUUGGAUUUAGAGACGGAGAUGGUCUCCCCUCUGCUGGACAAUUUGAAAGACCUAUUUCCCAUCGACUCGGCCCUCCCCACUCCCGAUUUUCCCGAACAGGAUGUCCUCGUCAAGGCCACCACUGGAAGAAGCUACCUCUCGGAUCAAUUAUACAUCUAUGAAGCUGCUGGUAAUCUCAUUUCCCUGGUCCGCAGCGAUCCCACACAGCAACUUGCCCUUUUGGAAGCUGUCGCUGCGCCUCUCGUCUCCGAUCUCACCGAUCCUACCGAUUCACCUCAGAAUGUGCUCAAGGUCCACAAUAGUUUGAUGGCGCUGGGUCAUUUUGCCAAAGGCUUCCCGAUCCUCAAUCCGAGUCAAGACGAAUCGACUCUUCCCUACGAGCCUGCUUUUAAACAGUUGACUCAGGCGUUACUCCAAACACUGGAUCGAUUGAAGACUCGGCGAAUUAUCAGAGAUGCGGCACGUUUCACCUUUUCCCAAUUCGUCAACGCCAUUGGUUCCUCGGUAGCCGAGCUGGUUCCUGGCUUUGUCAUCCGUGUGGUCGGCGAGUAUGAGCCAUCCGAGCUGUCCGACUUUCUCCAAUUCCUCAGUCUUCUCAUGCAUCGUCUCAAGUCCAACGCAUUUUCCACCAUGGACAUGCUUCUGCUUCCUCUUCUCUCCCGCAUCUUUUCCGUCCUACAGUCGCCCAUCACGGGCACCGAUGAUCAUCUCACACACAAUCGACUCAAGACUGCAUGUCUCGCAUUCUUCUCUGGCAUCAUGAACGCCAAUCUGGAUGGCAUCUUCAUCACCGAGCGCAACAAGCCCGAAUUCGAAAACCUCCUGAACGUUUUACUUGGAUACGCAGAAGAUCCCGAGGACGAUGCCAGUCAACGGCUUGCUUUUGCCUUCUUCUCCCGUUCUGUCAUUGCCUGGAGCACGAAUGCGUCUGCGCCAAGCGUUUUUGCUGACAGUGCCAUGUCGGACAAGAGCAAAGCGGUGGGGAACGGGACUUCAGCUCCGACCAACCAGCAUGCCAUACCGAAGGACGCAAGGCAGGCUUUGCCAGGUUACGAGCAUUUUAUCUACUCGCGACUCUUGCCUCUGUGUUUUCACUUCCCUGUGGGUCACAAAAACGGACUCCAAGGAUCAGUACAGGUGGUCAUGGAAAUCGCCAUCGUCAUUCGAAACACUGUUCAGGCUCGAGGUCAAGAAGCAAUCGAUUUCAUGCUCAAUGACCUCUUGCCCAAAGAUGGUUGCCCGCCAGAGUACGCCAAUCAACUGAUUCAAAGCCUCAAGACGCAACAAGCAAAGGAUUUUAGACAUACAUUUGUGGAUUUCACCAAAGCAAGCCGAGCUGCCGCUGUAGCGAGACAAUAGCCCUCCUCGGCAGACUUUAUCGGUCACGCAUCGCCCAUCAUUGCGCCCCGCCCAUUCGCACCAAUUCGCGUCCGUCCCAUCGUCAUGUAGCAUGAUCGCA